AUUGAAACACAUUUCAAAUAUAUGAUGUGAAAGUUAGUCUUCUAUGUAUUAUAAUUAUUUAAUGAAUUUAUUAAUUUUUUUAAAAAAAUACAAAAUCUAAGUAAAAACAAUUAAAUUCGUACUUAAGAUUGUAGCUCCGCCCUUUUUUGGAAAAUAAUUUUUAAAUAUAUAUAUUUUUUCUUUUCUUUUACCUUGUUUUUAUUAUUCCUAUACUCCACUCCCCUGCAGAAAAUGCACGCUGAGAUCUACGUAAAAAAGUUAUCUGCCCAGUGAAGUAGAGAUUGAUUUACAAAAAUCAUUUUGAAGGAAAAAAAAUGUCUAGUUUUGUUGGUGUUGUUGUCUCUGAUCAAUGGCUACAGAGUCAAUUCACUCAAGUCGAGCUGCGCGGCCUCAAUUCCAACUUCCUAUCUGCAAGGAAUCAAUCCGGGAAGGUCACUUUGGGAGAUCUACCACCUAUGUUGUGCAAACUUAAGGCCUUCAAAGAUAUACUAAAUGAGGAUGAUAUUAAGGCAAUAUUUAGCGAGUCGUCAUCUGAUAUGAGUGAAGAAAUUGAUUUUGAAUCGUUCCUUCGGGCAUAUCUAAAUCUACAAGCACGGGCUACAGCGAAAGGUGACUCAAAGACCAGCUCCUCUUUCCUCAAGGCAACUACAACCACACUCCGACACACCAUUAGUGAAUCUGAAAGGGGCUCAUAUGUAGCUCACAUCAACAGCUUUCUCAGAGACGAUCCGUUUUUGAAGGAUUUCCUACCGAUAGAUCCAUCUACCAAUCAACUCUUUGAUCUUGCCAAAGAUGGUGUUCUUCUUUGUAAGCUCAUAAAUAUUGCUGUCCCUGGAACAAUAGAUGAACGUGCUAUCAAUACCAAAAAGGUUCUUAAUCCAUGGGAAAGAAAUGAGAACCACACCCUUUGCCUCAAUUCCGCUAAGGCCAUUGGUUGUACUGUGGUCAAUAUUGGCACACAGGAUUUAAUCGAAGCAAGACCUCAUCUGGUUGUCGGGUUGAUUUCUCAAAUAAUCAAGAUACAAUUAUUAGCUGAUCUCAAUCUGAGAAAAACUCCACAACUUGUGGAACUGGUGGAAGAUAGUCAGGAAGUAGAGGAGCUUAUGAGCUUAUCUCCAGAAAAAGUUUUACUGAAAUGGAUGAAUUUCCAUCUUAAAAAAGCAGGCUACAAGAAAGAGGUUACAAAUUUCUCAAGUGACUUAAAGGACGGAGAAGCUUAUGCUCAUUUGCUCAACACUCUCGCGCCUGAACAUGGUACAACCAACACAUUAGAUACAGAAGAUCCAACUGAAAGAGCAAACUUGAUUCUUGAGCAAGCAGAAAAACUAGAUUGCAAAAGAUAUGUAACUCCAAAGGACAUUGUUGAGGGCGCAGCGAACCUAAAUCUUGCAUUCGUUGCACAAAUAUUUCAACACAGGAAUGGAUUGACAGCAGAUACCACAAAGUUGUCUUUUGCUGUGAUGAUGGAGGAUGAUGCUCAAACUUCUCGAGAAGAAAGAUGCUUUCGGUUGUGGAUUAACAGUCUUGGAACUGAUACUUAUGUGAAUAAUUUAUUUGAGGACGUGAGAACCGGGUGGGUUCUUUUAGAGGUACUGGACAAAAUUUCACAAGGAUUAGUUAAUUGGAAACAAGCAACAAAGCCUCCAAUUAAGAUGCCAUUUCGAAAAGUUGAGAAUUGCAAUCAAGUCAUAAGCAUUGGGAAAGAACUGAAUUUCUCCCUCGUAAAUGUAGCUGGAAGUGAUAUUGUACAAGGAAACAAGAAGCUCAUACUAGCUUUUUUGUGGCAGUUAAUGAGGUUUUCAAUGCUCCAAUUGUUGAUAAACUUGAAAUUUCAUGCCCUUGGAAAGGAGAUAACAGAUGCUGACAUACUAAAUUGGGCAAACAGUAAAGUGAAGAGUGUAGGGAGAAAAUCUCAAAUUGAAAGCUUUAAGGACAAAAGUAUAUCGAGUGGGAAAUUCUUUCUCGAGCUUCUAAGUGCUGUGGAGCCAAGGGUCGUAAAUUGGAGCCUUGUCACCAAGGGUAGAACUGAUGAGGAUAAGAAGCUUAAUGCAAAUUAUACAAUCAGUGUAGCACGUAAACUCGGGUGCUCCAUCUUUUUAUUGCCUGAGGAUAUAAUAGAGGUGAACCAGAAGAUGAUGCUGACACUCACAGCAAGCAUCAUGUAUUGGAGCUUGCAGACAAAGACUGAAGAUUCAGAGUCCAACACUGCAGAAAACGCCAGUUCGGAGGCAUCUCCAGCAGCAGCCUCUGAUGGUGACAUUGCUUCCACAACUUCUGAAGUGGAAAAGGAGGUGCAAGAAGAAAGAUAGAAUUUGAAGAAAAGAAAUAUAUACCAAAAAAAAAAAUUCCAAGGUUUCUUUCUGAUGUUGUCCUCAGUUUUGCUUUCAAGAGGACAUGUCAAGUGAAGUUGGUUAGUAGGACAGUUCCUCCUUUUUUUUUUUCUAGUAACCAUCUUGUAUCCGGUGCUCACUUGUCCGACUAAUUCAGAUUCUGCCCGCGUAAGAGGCCUAUUAAAGAGGGGGAGAGCUCCCUCUCUACCUUAUUGGGGUUUUCUGGUAAAGGGUCGAGGUAUUCUUUCCGUCCCACUACAACUGAUGAUAGUUACAUGAAGCACAGUAGUACUUUAAUGCAUUCUUUUGAAGGGGAGUCUUGAGUAACUGGUAAAGUUGAUGUAUGUGAUUAGGAGGUCACGAGUUCGAGCCAUGGAAACAGCCUCGUACAGAAAUGUAGGGUAAAGUUGCGUAUUGUGAUUAGGAGGUCACGAGUUCGAGCCAUGGAAACAGUCUCGUGCAGAAAUGUAGGGUAAGAUUGCGUAUAAUAGACCCUUGUGGACUGUUUUCUAGCCUUUCUCAUACCGAGAGCUUAGUGCACUAGGCUACCAUUUUACUUAUAUGCAUCCUAUACUACACAAACCUAGUGAGGUUGAAAGCUGUGAAAAGUGAAGGCAAGUAAUUAUACAUCUUUAUAGAAUCAUUAGGCUAAAUAUUAAGUGGUUCACACUGCAAUAUAAUGGAAUAAAUUCCUCUUGUUCUCCAGUUUCAAUGGUUCAAGGUCACUUUGUUCUGUUUUAGCUGUGCCAUAUUAAAACUGUAAUAUUGCCUCGAUUGGCAAGUAAGGACUCCAACUUUGAAUAUGCACCGUUGAGGUGUCAACUGUCUCCAUUAUGUUAGUUGAACACCCCAACUUACAAAUACACCACUUGAACACCUUCAAAAUUUAUGUGUGACAUCAACAUUGGGUGUCCAUGAGUGGAACACAUUGGAGUGUUUACUUGUUAAGACCAAAUUGAAAUGUCUAUAUAUGCACUCUCAAAGUCGGAAUGCUUAAUUGCUAGCUAAGGCCAAAUUUAAGUAUACAUUUAUAUAUUUAUACCCAAAAAAGGUCUCGAAGGGCAGAACGACUAUCCAACUCCCCUGCAAGGGAACGGACACUGCUCUCAGAGGUGUCUACAUGUGCACUCUCAAA